UAGUAGAUCAAAGAGUGUGUGAACACGUGCAACCAAUCAAGACUUACCAGUUACCAUAUCCUGCAUAAUAAGCGCCCCAACACAGAAGGAGAGUUUACCCAGAAGCUUGCAAAACUACACGUGUGUUUUAUAAAAAAAAUCAUGGUUUCCCUCGAACUUAAGCGGGUUUUAAUAAGCGACAGCGUUGAUAGUUGCUGCAAAACUAUCUUGGAAAGAAAUGGAGUGACAGUUGAUGUCAAUACAAAACUUUCGAAAGAAGAACUUGUCUCCGAAAUCCCGAAAUACGAUGGCCUUAUUGUAAGAUCCGCCACCAAAGUAUCAGAAGACGUGAUCAAAGCUGGAAAGAACUUGAAAAUCAUCGGCAGGGCGGGCACUGGAGUCGAUAAUAUCGACACCGUGGCAGCUUCUUUACAUGGAGUACUUGUAAUGAAUACCCCUGGCGGGAACACACUCAGUGCUGCUGAGCACACAUGCGCACUUAUCAGUUCCUUGGCACGGCACAUACCACAAGCAUCAGCCUCAACGAAGGAGGGAAAAUGGGAGCGUAAGCAGUUUAUGGGCAAUGAGCUAUUUGGAAAGACUCUAGCUAUUAUUGGUCUUGGAAGGAUUGGCCGUGAGGUGGCUUUGCGCAUGCAGUCCUAUGGAGUUAAGACCAUUGGGUAUGACCCCCUAGUAUCACCCCAGGAUGCUGCAGAAUCUAACAUUGAGUGGAUGGAAACAGAAAAGAUAUGGCCAUUGGCUGAUUACAUCACAGUACAUGUUCCUCUUAUUCCACCUACUAAAGGUAUGCUGAAUGACAAAACCAUUGGCAUGUGCAAGAAAGGGGUCUAUAUUCUGAAUGUUGCACGUGGUGGCAUCAUAGAUGAGGAAGCACUUUUGAGAGGGUUAGAGUCUGGGCAUGUAGGCGGUGCUGGUCUAGAUGUGUUUGUAACAGAACCUCCUACAGGUUCAAGUGCAGAUCUUGUAAAGCACCCAAAAGUCAUUGCAUGCCCACAUCUUGGUGCCAGUACUGAAGAGGCCCAAAGACGAGUGGCACAAGAGAUUGCAGACCAGUUUGUUGAUGGGAUGAAUGGGAAACCUCUAAUUGGGCUGGUUAAUGUCCCCUUCAACCUCUCUGAAGCACUGAACUCCAAGCCACUGGUGACUCUAGGAGAGAGACUGGGAAAGGUUGCACGAACACUAGCUGGUGGUACUGUUACUAAGGCAAUCGUGACUACUCACGGUGCACUCCAGAAGAGCAAGGGAUUUCUGACUGCAUCAGUAUCUGUAGGACUACUGGACCAGCCAGGGACAAAUCUCAUCAAUGCUGUCACACUUGUCAAACAAGCUGGCAUUCAGGUGUCUUCCAAUCAUGUGGACGAAGCUGUAGCAAGGUUUCCAUUGGCUGUGUCUGUUCACGUGAUCGGCAACCAAGGUAACGUCUCCGUUAGAGGGUCCAUUAUUGGAGAAGGUAUCCCUGUGCUUUUGAAAUAUGGUGCUGUGGACUUCAGUGGGCCUGUACCGUUGACAGGAAAGCUAACCUUGUUCAGCACUAAAGAUUGCAAGCCAACCCAUCUCCUGAUGGAGAUUAUCCCAUCUCUACAGAAGGCUAGUGUAGCGAUAGACGGUUUUUACACCGCGCCUUCUGAGGCCGAGUCAGUGUGCGCCAUCUGUACCGAGUCUAACGUUGAGAAUUUGGUUUUACAGAACGGAAAGGUUUUUCCUCAGAUAUCAUUCUAAACCAAGUAAUUGUUCUUGUUAUAAGUGCAUCGCGUUCACGAUCAGCUUUCACGCGCGACAUGUAGUACAGCAAAGCUGGCUUUUGUCAUUGGCAGGGCUUUCCGGACGUAUCAAAUGCGAUUCUGAAUGCCAUGAAAGCGAAGUUAGAUAGCUCAACCUGUUUAACGUAUUUAUCAUACGAAAUAGAGAAGUAUGUGGAAAUUGAAGAGAUUAAAUUCUGAAAGUAUUUGUAA